AUUAUUUUCGGAGCACGACGAGCGUUUGGUCUUUUGGAUCCUCUGAAAACGUAAAUAGUGCAUGACAGCUACGGACGCACGUGGCUAGUCUUUUAAAUCCUUGGUGCUUGUUGAUCUGUAUGACCGCGAGACGUAGCUGUCAUUCUAAGAUGUGGAUAUUUCCGACUAUAAGACAUCGCUAUUACAUCAGUGCAUACUCUCCAUGUCAAUCGUGUUAUGACUUCGGGAAGAUGCAAUUUCUUAUCAACAGUCCGCUACGUAUCUGAGAUAUCUAAAAAACGGUGCAGCGCAGUGCAAUACGGAUGUCGUACUGGUUUUCAUUUAAUCGAAAGUACUCUUCUUCCUAUCGUCGGACAACACAUUAACAGAUCAAAUCGCAAUUCAUCGCUUUCCCUGUUACUAUCCGUCAGAAUGGCAUCGACAUCCAAGAGUAGCGCUAAGAAUACCAGUCAUUCUAGUGCAAAGAAGUUAAAUCGUUUGAGCUUGGAAAAGUCGCCGUAUCUACUACAACACGCGACUAAUCCCGUAGAAUGGUAUCCUUGGGGCGAUGAAGCUUUAGAAAAAGCGAAAAAGGAGGACAAACUCAUUUUCCUAUCAGUUGGUUACUCUACAUGUCAUUGGUGUCACGUGAUGGAGAAGGAAUCAUUUGAAAACGAAGACAUCGCGCGAAUCAUGAACGAAAAUUUUGUUAAUAUCAAAGUAGAUAGGGAAGAGAGGCCCGAUAUUGACAGAAUAUAUAUGACGUUCGUUCAGGCAAAGUCUGGUCAUGGUGGUUGGCCAAUGAGUGUUUUCCUAUCGCCGGAUUUAAUGCCUGUGACAGGCGGAACAUAUUUCCCGCCAGAUGGCAAAUAUGGCCUUAUAGGAUUUAAAUCGCUCUUGUUAGCAGUUGCGAAGGAGUGGACGCAGCAAAAGAGCAACAUAAUAAAAUCCGCUGCUAACAUAGUAGAACGCCUAAAGGAUAUUGUUGAGUGCAAACAAGGCUUAAAAAAAGACGAUGGAUUCCCCACGGCUGAAUGCGCUUUAUUAUGCGUUCAUCUUCUAGCAAACGGAUACGAGCCGAAAUUCGGUGGAUUUAGCAGCAGAUCCUGGAUGAACUCACCAAAAUUUCCUGAACCUGUCAAUUUUAAUUUUCUCUUCAGUACAUAUGCUUUAAGUACCUCCUCUGAGUUGCGUAAGCAGUGUUUAGAAAUGUGUCUGCAUACUCUGACGAAGAUGGCUUAUGGUGGAAUUCAUGAUCAUGUGGGACAAGGAUUCUCUAGGUAUUCUGUGGAUGGUGAAUGGCAUGUUCCUCACUUCGAAAAAAUGCUCUACGAUCAAGCUCAAAUAAUACAAGCCUAUGCUGAUGCUUAUGUUAUUACAAAAGAUUCAUUCUAUUCUGAUAUUGUAGAUGAUAUCGCGACAUACGUUGUGCGGGAUUUGCGACACAAAGAAGGUGGUUUCUACAGUGCAGAAGAUGCCGAUUCACUCCCAGAGCCACAGGCUUCAGCAAAACGAGAAGGCGCAUUUUAUGUUUGGCCCUAUAAGGAAGUUAAGACUCUUUUAGAUAAGAAAAUACCUGGCAAUGAUAACGUUCGAUUUUCCGAUCUUAUCUGCUAUCAUUUUAAUGUGAAGAAGGAAGGAAAUGUGCGAAAGGCUCAAGAUCCUCAUGGUGAACUCACUGGCAAAAAUGUAUUUAUCGUGUAUGACGGCAUAGAGCAAACCGCGGAACAUUUUGGCAUUAGUGUAGAGAAUACUAAAAGCUACAUUAAAGAAGCUUGUCAGAUCUUGUUUGAAGAAAGAUCGAAGAGACCGCGGCCUCAUUUAGAUGACAAAAUCGUCACAGCAUGGAAUGGCCUUAUGAUAAGUGGUUUUGCACGUGCUGGAGCAGCUGUGAGAAAUGAUAAAUAUGUUGAAUUAGCGACAGACGCUGCCAAAUUCGUGAAGCAAUAUUUGUUUGAUAAAAAUAAAGGCGUACUACUUCGCAGUUGUUAUCGCGGGGAAGACGAUAGAAUUAUGCAAACGAGCGUUCCGAUCCACGGCUUUCAUGACGAUUACGCAUUCGUCGUGAAAGGAUUACUCGAUUUGUACGAGGCUAAUUUCGAUGCGCAAUGGCUUGAGUUUGCUGAGGAGUUACAAGAUAUUCAGGACCGAUUAUUCUGGGAUUCGCAGGACGGUGGUUACUUUUCCACGGUUGAGAACUCUCAGAUGAUUCUACGGAUGAAAGACGCUCACGAUGGCGCGGAACCGUCCAGUAAUUCUAUCGCGUGUUCCAAUUUAUUGCGAUUGGCAACCUAUCUGGAUCGUAGCGAGCUCAAAGACAAAGCUGGGCAGCUUUUAUCCGCAUUUGGUAAAGGACUCACGGAGAUGCCGAUUAUGUUUCCGCAACUGACGUUAGCAUUGCUCGAGUAUCACAAUGCAACGCAGAUUUAUAUUGCGGGAAGACCGGAUGCCGAAGAUACAAUUGAAAUGCUGAAUGUUAUCCGCGAGCGUGUGAUACCAGGUAGAGUGCUCUUAUUAGCUGAUCCCGAGCAACAGGACAACGUGUUAUUACGUAAGAAUGCAGUCGUUAGUAAACUGAAACCGCAGAAGGGCCGGGCGACAGUUUUAGUAUGUCGACGUCAGGCGUGUUCUAUACCCAUUACGAAUCCUAGCGAGCUCGCUUCUCAAUUGGACGAUACUGAAUUUUCCAACUUGUGAGCGGCGAACUCGCUCGACAUGCUUAUAUCGCCCGCUGCAUCAACGAUGGCGAAAGAGGGAAAAAUCUCGCCAAAAUAUAUUCACCGAUAUAUAUCUUUGCGCGCUCGCCCCUCAUAAAAAAGAUUUACUGUGUUAAAUAAUGUAACAUUAGUCCGCAGAGAGGUUGGUAUAGCGAGAGUAGUCGCCCUAGCGUUCGUAAACGCUAACGGAUCGAUAACAUGUCGCAGCCAAGAGAUGUAUCCAGUAGGGAUGUAUACGAUGCGAUAUACAACAAUAACUUUGCGCGAUAAUCCAGCUGUAUAUCGCAUCAUAAGCGUCCAUCUUUAUUCUGAAUAAACUCGCAAGUACAAAAAAAA